GGGCGUGGGCCUGGGCGGGGCCGGGGGCGGGCCCCGGCGCGGCUGGCGCGGGGCGCUGACCGCGGCGGCAGCAGCAGCAGCGGCGGCCGCGGGGACUGGCGUCGGGGCGCCGAGCCCGAGCCGUGCGGAGCCCGAGUCCGUGGGGAGCGCGUCCCGCCGUGGGUGAUGAAAGUGUCUACUCUCAGGGAAAGCACGGCCAUGGCUUCCCCACCGCCCCGGGAGCUGGAGGAGGAGCCGGCGGUGGCCGGCUCGGAGCCAGGUGACCCUCCAGCAAAACCCCCCGUCAAGCCGAAACCCCGGGCCCUGCCUGCCAAGCCGGCCCUCCCGGCCAAGCCCAGCCUGCUGGUACCUAUCGGGCCUCGGCCCCCUCGGGGCCCCCUGGCCGAGCUGCCCUCCGCCCGGAAGAUGAACAUGUUGGCGGGACCCCAGCCCUACGGAGGCAGCAAGCGCCCCCUUCCCUUUGCACCGCGAUCCACGGCUGAGGCGGCUCCCGCCGGAGAGACGGGGAAGGAGGAGGUGGGGAAAGAAGAGCUCCCCCCGACGACCCCCCCAGCCCGCUGCCCGGCCCCGGCAGGCGUUCGCAAGGCCCCGGCCCCUUUCCGCCCCUCCUCGGAGCGCUUCGCGGCCUCCACGGUGGAGGAGAUCCUGGCCAAGAUGGAACAGCCGCGCAAGGAGCCCCCCGCCAGCCCCGACCGCCUCUGGGGCUCCCGCCUCACCUUCAACCACGACGGCAGCUCCAGGUACGGCCCCAGGACCUAUGGCGUGGGGCCGGGUACCAGCGACGAGGAAGGCGGGACCCUCUCUAAGGCACGGUCCCAGGAGGGACCGGCCGAGAGCCUGGAAGGACACAGCAAGACCCCCGAGGAGGAGAGGAGCCCCGCUUCGAACCGGGCCUUCAACGGGGAUCUGGGUCAUGAGCAGGCCUGCUCAGAGCCACCAGCCAAUGGUGCCAAGCCCUGGGUGCCCCCCAGCCCCGGCCCUGCUGCAGAGAACGGGGCCUCCCCUGGCGAAGACUCGCUGGAGGAGGACCAAGCUCGCCACGCUCCGCUCCCGGGAGCCCAGAGUCCCGCCGCUUCUCCCCGCCGCCCCUCGACGCCGCCAGCCUCGGCCCCCGGACCCAGCAGCCCUCCUCACGGAGAGGUCAGGGAAGCCCUAGAGGUCUCCGGACGCCACAGCCCCGAGCUGCCCCCGGCUGCCUCGCCCCGGCCCCUGCUGGAGCAGGCCCAGGGGCUCUCGCCACCGCCGAGGACGAUCCCGCCGGGCGCAGAGGCCCCCUCGAGCGACCCUCGCCCCCCAAGCCUGGCCCAGCGGCGGUUUUCUGAAGGCGUGCUGCAGCCGCCCUCUCCGGACCCGGAGAAGCUGGGGGGCUCCCUGGCGGCCCUGCCCCAGUCCCAGGGCAGCCAGCUGGCCUUGGAUCGCCCCUUCGGGAGCGGCGCCGAGUCCAACUGGAGCUUGUCACAGUCCUUCGAGUGGACCUUCCCCUCCCGGCCUUCGGGGCUGGGGGCCUGGCGGCUGGACUCCCCGCCCCCCUCUCCCAUCACGGAGGCCACCGAGGCCGCAGAGGCUGCCGAGGCCGGCGACUGGGCUGUGGUGUCCCCCAGGGAGGAAGGCGCGUCCCCGCAGCAGCGCUCGGCUCCCGAGGGGACAGGACGACCGGGUUCCGGGGUGCAGGCCGAGGACGCGGGCAGCCCCCGGGAGAGCCCGCCUCGGUCCCCAGUGGCCGCCCCUCCGGGACGGACCCUGCUGCAGGCAGAGGAGCGGCGCCAGGAAUUGGGGCCCGUGGCCGGGCAGGCGUCCCUGCUCCCCGGGGCCACCAGGGAGGCCACCCUGCCUGUCCUGGAGCCUGUCGUGGGGCAGCGGCAGCCGGCACCCCCCGACCAGCCCUGCGUGCUCUUCGCCGACUGCCCCCAGCCCGGCCGGGCGCUGCCCAUUGAAGAAGAAACCAUGACCCUGGCCUACGCCGAGACCCUCCGACCCAGGACGGAGCCUCCGGACCCCUCCCAGGCAUCCCCCGAGCCCACGGGCCCUGCCAAUGGCUCCCGCUGGCUGGAUGACCUCCUGGCCUCGCCGCCGCCGCCCCUGAGUGCCGACGGCGCAGGGCGGGGAGCCGGGCCCGAGCCCGAGGACCUGCGGAUCCCUGGGCCCUGUUCCGAGGGACUCCUCGGCUGGUCUCAGAAAGAUCUGCAGAGGGAAUUUGGGAUUGCGACAGACCCCCCUCCCCGCAGUCUGAGCCCUCCCAGCUGGUCCCAGGACCCUUCUCAGGAUUAUGACCUCGGGGUUUCGAGCCCUGGGGGGGACCCAGGCCUAGCCGAGAGGGACUGGUCCAGCCCGCGUGGGCCGCCGGGUGGCGGGGACGGGAGUGCCAGGGAGAGGGCUAGCAGGUGCAGUGCCAGCCAGGAGGAGCCGGACAUUGGCCUCAGCCGGGGAGAUGGGCACGGAGUCGCAGAGCCCCGGGAGCUCGCCGCCCCGGACCGUGUGGUGGGCACGCCAUCAGCCCCGCAGAGUCUGGAGCCGGGGACGCAGGCCUGGGAGUUCUCCACGAGGGGCAGCCGGGCCGUGGAUGACGAGUUCGGGACGCGGGAGCUGACGACGGGCACCUACAGCAGCCAGGACGCCGACCUCCAGGACUGGGAGUUCGAGAAGAGAGAGCCGCUGGGCGGGGAUGCCGGCCGGCCCAGCCCGGAGCCCGGCAGGGACGACCCCCUGGCCAGGUACAGCGGCCGGGAUGCCGACGAGCAGGACUGGGAGUUUGGCCAGCGGAAGCCCUCCCUGGACCCUUAUGGCGGUCGGGGGACCGCGCGGCCCGACCCGGAUUUCGGGACCAGCGCCUGGAUGAGGGAUUAUGGUGGUGAUGGCGGCUCGGGGGUCCUGGGGGUCCCGGGCUCCCAGGAGCGAGGCUUCGGGCCGAGAGCGCUGAGCGCCGGCUUCAGUCCCGAGGACGCCCAGCAGCAGGACGAGGAGUUUGAGAAGAAGGGUCCCAGCGUGGACGCUGGCCAGGCCGGGGAGGCGGGGGGCCUGUUCGGGCCCAGCAGCUCACCGGUGCGGCCCGGGACCCCGGCCCAGGGAGAGCAGGGCAGCUGGCAGGGCAGCAGUGGCAGCCUGGACAGGGGCGGGUGGCAGGGCCAGGUGGGGUUGGGGACCCAAAGCCCCAGCCGGGCAGAGCGGGGAGAUGGAGAGGUGGGGCCCCGGGGCUGGGCCAGCGACUUCUGCCAGGGUGUCGCCUCCCAGCCUGAACCGGCCUUUGGGUCGGGGCAGCGGGCCUGGAGCGGGGAGUUCGGCCGGGAAUCCCCCACCGCCGCCACCACUGCGGAGAGGAACCGUCAGUUCGGCAUCAUCGGCAAUGACCGGGCGAGCGGGGCGGGCCUGGGCCCAUCUGACGAGGUUGGGGGCAGCCCCUUCGCCUCCCCCGAGAAGCCCUCGGCUGCGUCUGUGGACUGGACUGACCAGCUGGGCCUCAGGAACUUGGAGGUGCCCAGCUGUGUGGUUUCCGGGGGUUUGCUCCAGGCCAGGGAGGACACCGUGGGCCAGACGGGCUGGUCAGGCGCGCCGGGCUCCGGUGAGCUGGGCCUGGCCGCCAGUCCGCUGGGGACAGCGGGGGGCCCUGAGGAGGAGCCCCGGGGGGUCGGGGUCGGGGAGAAGGACUGGACCGAUGUCAGCGGGCGGAGCCCGGAGCUGGUGAGAGAGAGCGGCGUGGGGCAGACCGGCUGGUCAGCGGCGGAGGCCGGGGAGUUUCUGAAAUCCAGAGAGCACGGCGUGGGCCAGGCCGACUGGACUCCUGGCCUGGGCCUGAGCGACGUGGCACCGGGUCCCCGGGAGGGCGGGGCAGGCCAGGUGGACUGGGGUGACCAUCUGGGGCUGCGGAACCUGGAGGUGCCCUGCGACCCGGAGCCCGAAGGCUCCCAGGGGCCUCGGGAGUGCGGUGUAGGGCAGACGGGCUGGAGGCAGCACCUGGGGACCCCCAGUGAGGCCAGGGAGCACGGGGUGGGAGAGUUCAGCCAGCUGCCCGAGCCAGCCCUCAGGAGCAACGGCCACCUGUCCCCGGGCCUGGAGGCCAGAGAGCUGGGGGUCGGGGAGACGAGCGGAGCUGAGACCCCCCGCCAGGAAGGCCCCUCGCCCGCCCCGGAGGAACUGCAGCCUGAAGACACGGGAACGGAGCCCGAAGAUGCGUCCAGCUUUGCAGCCAGCCCCGGUGGGUACUCAGCCCGCUCCCCACCCUCGGGCUCCCAGGACCUGCUGGAGGAGAUGCUGGCGGCCAGCAAGGAGGUGGCGGCCUCGCGCCUUCGGCGCCUGUCGGAGGAGGAGGCAGCGGCGGGCACGGUCCCCACCCCAACCGAGUGCCCCGAGCCUGACAGCCGGACCCCUCUGCCUUCCUGGAGACCCCAGCCCGACGGGGAGGCCAGCCGGACGGAAGAGGUGGACGGCACCUGGGGGCCUCCGGGGUCAGGGUCGGGCCAGCAGGCACCUGCUCGGCCUCCUCGGCGGCCCCCCCAGGUUUCAUCCCCCGGCACCCUCAGCCAGGACUUCUCCUUCAUGGAGGACACCGAGAUCCUGGACAGUGCCAUGUACCGGAGCCGCGCCAACCUGGGGCGCAAGCGCGGCCACCGGGCCCCUGCCAUCCGCCCGGGGGGCACCCUGGGCCUGUCGGAGGCGGCCGACUCGGACGCGCGCCUGUUCCAGGACUCCACGGAGCCUCGGGCUUCUCGGCUGCCGUCUUCCGACGAGGAGGUGGCGGAGGAGCCUCAGAACCGCCGCCGGCCGUCUCGGGUCCCCAAGGGGCUGAAAGUCAACCUCUUCCCCGGCCUGAGCCCGGCGGCCCUGAAGGCCAAGCUGCGCCCCCGGAACCGCUCGGCCGAGGAGGGGGAGCCAGUGGAGAGCAAGCCCCACCCGAAGGAGUCGGCUGUGCAGCGCUCCAAAUCCUGCAAGGUCCCGGGGCUGGGGAAGCCCCUUGCCUUACCCCCCAAGCCAGAGAAAUCCUCAGGGUCAGAAGGCUCCUCACCCAACUGGCUGCAAGCCCUGAAGCUAAAGAAGAAGAAGGUCUGAGGGGUCCCUGAGAUCCUUCCCACCUGGACGCCUCAGGCAGGCAGAGUUGUCCCUGCGGGGUCCCAGGAGAGGCGGGAGCCUCCGCCCCUCCUCUGUCUCCCAGGAGCACCCCAGGAGGCGCCUUUAUGCACUUUGUAUCUCCUUCCCCUCCUCCCACCCCCCCAUCAGGCGGCAGCGGUCAGGACUUGGUCCCCUCCUCGCCCCCCUCUCCCUCUCCCCUUCCUCCUCCCGCCUCCUGUGGGGCUUUUUUUUUCUUUUGAUACCAAUUUAUAGCCUUUUUUAUAAAAGCCUUUGAUUUUUUUUGUAAUGAGUGGAGUCCCAUCCCCUCACCCCCACCCCCCACCUCCCCCUCCUCUCCUGACCCUGCCCGGUGCCCACAGAGAGACCAAUGACAUUUUGCCACUUGCAACAAUAAAGUUUUUUUGGGAAUUGG